GAAAUGCAUUGGAUGGUGUGCAAAAAUGAAAGUGGACAAAUACUCUGGGACGGAGGUAGUAUAUGGUGUAGAAAUAAAGGGCACCAUUUAGAAAUCAUUACUCGUUUUGUUAAGUUUUCCCCUUUCUUUUAUCCAUUUUCCAUCAAAGUCCAAACAAAUCGGAACUGUUGUCUUCCUCCUCCACUGUUUGUGGACUCCUACAGUGCCAAUCCUCCCCUGUUCACCGCGUAUAAAACUUGUUAUAUUAUCCUCCCUCUGGAACCCUCUUUUGAAACCCCUAAACUCAAAAUGUCAGUUGCGGCGCCCACAUCUCUCUCCGUAGCAUCUUCCGCCGCCGCAGCCGCAUCCCACAAAACCCUAACAAAGCCGGCCGCCGAAAUCAUACACUACAAUCCAGGCUUCCUCUCUUCCUCCGCCGCCAUGUUCAGGCCUCUCCGAGCUGGAGCUCUCCCUUCCGGUGGCCCCGUGGCUGCUGUGGCGGUCUCUGCUCCCGCCACCAUCAAGUCCUCCGAUUCGCUAGAUUUCGAAACUUCUCUGUUUAAGAAGGAGAAAAUCUCCCUUGCUGGCCACGACGAGUAUAUAGUGAGAGGAGGCAGGGAUUUGUUCAACCUGUUGCCUGAUGCUUUCAAGGGAAUCAAGCAGAUUGGAGUGAUCGGUUGGGGAUCACAGGGACCUGCUCAAGCUCAAAAUCUGAGGGAUUCUCUCGUGGAGGCAAAAUCUGAUAUUGUUGUCAAGAUUGGCUUGAGGAAGGGUUCUCAGUCGUUUAAUGAGGCUCGUGCAGCUGGAUUUACUGAAGAGAAUGGCACUUUAGGAGACAUAUGGGAGACUGUUGCUGGCAGUGAUCUUGUGCUGCUCUUAAUUUCAGAUUCAGCUCAGGCUGAUAAUUAUGAGAAGGUAUUCUCACACAUGAAGCCUAACAGCAUACUUGGGCUAUCUCACGGUUUUCUUCUUGGUCAUUUACAAUCAUUGGGCUUAGACUUCCCCAAUAACAUUAGUGUUAUUGCUGUAUGCCCGAAAGGGAUGGGUCCUUCGGUAAGGAGAUUGUACGUGCAAGGAAAGGAAGUCAAUGGUGCUGGAAUUAAUUCAAGUUUUGCAGUCCAUCAGGAUAUUGACGGUAGGGCAACAAAUGUUGCUCUUGGGUGGUCCGUUGCUCUUGGUUCUCCAUUUACAUUUGCCACUACUCUAGAGCAAGAGUAUAAGAGCGACAUAUUUGGUGAACGAGGCAUUUUAUUGGGUGCUGUUCAUGGCGUUGUGGAGUCACUAUUUAGAAGGUACACUGAAAAUGGCAUGGACGAGGAACUAGCAUAUAAGAAUACUGUAGAGUGCAUUACAGGAAUCAUCUCUAAAACCAUAUCCACAAAGGGCAUGUUGGCUGUGUACAACUCGCUGACUGAUGAAGGAAAGAAAGAUUUUGAAAAGGCAUACAGUGCUUCAUAUUAUCCUUGCAUGGACAUCUUGUACGAGUGCUAUGAAGAUGUAGCUGCGGGCAGUGAGAUCCGAAGUGUUGUUUUGGCUGGUCGUCGCUUCUACGAAAAGGAGGGUCUGCCGGCAUUCCCAAUGGGCAAAAUUGACCAGACAAGGAUGUGGAAGGUCGGUCAACGUGUACGUGCAGCUAGACCAGCUGGCGAUCUCGGUCCCCUGAAUCCUUUCACUGCUGGUGUUUAUGUGGCACUUAUGAUGGCUCAGAUUGAGGUUCUAAGGAAGAAAGGGCAUUCGUACUCAGAGAUCAUAAACGAGAGCGUGAUAGAGUCGGUGGAUUCUCUGAACCCAUUCAUGCACGCGCGAGGCGUCUCAUUCAUGGUUGACAACUGUUCGACGACAGCGCGUCUGGGGUCGAGGAAGUGGGCCCCGCGGUUCGACUACAUCCUCACCCAGCAGGCACUCGUGGCCGUGGACAAUUCUGCCCCUCUCAACAAGGACCUCAUUGGGAACUUCCUCUCGGAUCCCGUGCACGGCGCCAUUGAAGUCUGCGCUCGACUGAGACCCACCGUUGACAUCUCUGUUCCGGCCGAUGCUGACUUUGUGCGUCCUGAGUUGCGGCAGCAGUAAGUAGUCUUUUGCCACCCAACUGAGGGGGGGAAAACCUUGUCUUGCGAGCCAGAUAGACUGUUCUUUUUUUUUUUGUUUCUAUUACUACUAGUAGAGGGGUUAGUUAAUAAUAAUAAUAAGCUCGCAGUGGGUUUUUGUUCUUAAAAAAAGCUGUAAAACCUAAAAUAAAUUUUUGGUAAGUUUGUAUCUUUACUGUAUGCUCGAAUCCGUAAUGCUUACUUGCGAUUCUUUCCAGUGUCGGGCAUAUUUUCAAUUUAGAUUGCGUUUGAAAAAGAUAGAAAAUGGUUUAGUUGUGGAAAAUUGAAGCAUUGUAAGUUUUGAUUUAAGAUCUACGGAGUAGUAAAAGAAAUGUAGAAACUCUUU